AUGUCAGUGAGCAACAGGGAUUCAAACGAUUGGACCCAGCGUCCUAUUACCAGAAAUAGCAGCUCAUCCUCACUUUUUAGCCUCCCCCGUUCACCAGUCUUAGAAAGAAGCGGGUUGAUGAUAGAGUAUGCACAGACAGAACAGAGAGAAAUGAGAGAAAGAGAAGAGACAGGAAAUAGAGAGGGAAUGGAAAGAGAAUUGAAAAAGCGAAGAGAAAGGGAAACAAGAAUGAGAGAAGACAGAACCGCAGAGGAGAGCCUUCCACUUCAGGAGACUCCGCCCUGGCAGUGUGAGCACUACCAGAGACGUUGUACUGUCAAGUUUCCAUGUUGCGGAGUGUUUUAUCCGUGCGAACGCUGUCACAAUUUAUCGGGGACAUGCCCUGCUAAUGAUAAGAAGGCACGUCAUGCGACGCAUGUCAAGUGCGGAAAUUGUGGACGCGAAGAAGAGAUAAACAAAGAAAGUCAAACCUGCAAACGCUGUGGCGUAAAAUUGUCAGAAUAUUUCUGCCCAAAGUGUCAGCAUUUUAUAGGUGUUGACAAGAACCCUUUCCACUGUGAGAAGUGUAAAAUCUGCCGCUUAAACAAGGACACAUCCUUUCACUGCGACGUGUGCAAUGUUUGCAUGGGGAAGCAAAUGGAGGGAAAACACAAAUGUCGGCUGAACUCAGGACAACUUGACAAUUGUUGCAUCUGCUUUGAGGAGGUGUUCACCGGUGGCCAAAUCAUGCCAUGCUCACAUAAGGUUCAUAAAGAGUGUGGCUCUAGAAUGAUGUUUUAUGCAAAGAUACAGAAUCGCGUUCUUACUUGCCCGAUGUGCCGCCACCCUGUGGAAGGUCACGAAACAGAAGAUCCAAGCCAAGAUGGUUAAUACAAGCUAGAAUUCCCACUACA